AUGUGUUUGUCAGCAGGUGGUGGCGGUGAGACAGCCGACACCAGCUCGACCACGGUGGCCUACGAUGUGAAUUCUACACUGACAACCGAAAGCGUCGGUCAGCCGUACUUCGAUAAUGCUACUAAACGGGACUACACGGCGGCUGUCGGACAGCCAGCCUACCUACACUGUCGAGUGAAGAACUUAGCCGAUAGGGCGGUUUCAUGGAUACGUAAACGAGACCUUCACAUUCUAACAGUUGGCGUGCACACAUACAGCAGUGACGCGCGCUUUGCAGCGUUACAUACCGAUGGCUCGGAUGAAUGGACGCUGCGCGUGGCGCCGGCGCAACCACGCGAUUCUGGCUCCUACGAGUGCCAAGUGUCUACUGAGCCGAAAAUUAGUUUGUCUUUUAGACUCACCGUUGUAGUAUCAAAAGCAGAAAUCCUUUCGGGUCCGGAAUUGUUCGUGAGAGCGGGCUCUGAUAUUAAUCUCACUUGCAUCGCCAGACACGCUCCAGAUCCACCCAGUUUCAUUUACUGGUACCGAGGAUCCAACGUCGUGAACUACGCCCAAAGGGGCGGUAUAAGCGUCGAGACGGAACAACGCACCCGUACCAGUCGAUUGCUCAUAGCUCGCGCCUCAACUCGAGAUUCUGGUAACUACACUUGCGCGCCUAGCAGCUCAGAUUCGGCUUCAGUGGUGGUCCAUGUUGUGAACGGGGAGCGUCCAGCCGCCAUGCAGAGCAACAGUCAGAAGAUAGCACCGCUACCGCUAUUGAUUCUUCUAUCGUUUAGAUCGUGUCACAAAAGAUCAACAAUUUUCCUCAACAAAAUAUUACAAUUUCUUAUAUUAUUACAGGAUACGUUAUUUUUAGAUUUCGUGACAAAAAUCAAGCCUCUAUGGAACAAUUACUAUAUUAGAAGAUUUGUCACGAGAUGA